AAGAAUGAUUUUCUGAGGAAAUAGUGGAACCAGAAGCUAUUGCUGUCAACUACCAGGGAAAACAAACUUUUUUUUAUUAUUUUUCCCUAACAUAAGUAUGAGUUUUUGUGAGCUGCUAACAGAGAAAACAAUUCAUUCGUUUUGGUCAAAUAUUAAGAGCCAAGGUAGCAGUGUUUUUUUGUUCCUUUUUCGUUCCCUGACAAAAGUAAAACUGUUGGCAAAUAAAAAAUAAACGUGGCUAUCGCAUGUUACUAGCAGGCUACACUCCUGCGCCUUCACUGUAGUAACUCCACACGCACCGCUCCCUCAGGCGUCACUGCGCUUAUGGCCUGGUAUUCGUGACGUCACUGAAUCGCGACAAAGACUUGUGACGUCUGGAUGAAGUGGCCGGCAGGAGCCGAGGAACUAGACAUUUAAACAGCGAUCCGAGAGUUCAAGUUAUGUUAUGAAAAGUACAUGUGAUUUGUCCAUCUGUCUGACAAAGUUAGGCUAAGUAUUUGGACUUGUUACACAGCACCUACUUUUGAACGGAUGGGUCCCAAAGUGCUGCAGUCAAAGACUGAAGAAACCGCUGUGCGGGUAGUUGUCCGAGUUCGACCCUUACUCCCUAAGGAGGUUCUGCAUGGACAGCAGCACUGUUUGUGGACGGAACCAGACCAAAGGAGGCUAACACUUGGAACAAACAGGCACUUUCAGUUCCAGGACAUAUUGGAUGAGACUUGCAGCCAAGAUGCAACAUAUAACGCCUGUGUACAGCCAUUACUUGCGGCUUUCUUUCAAGGAUUUAAUGUCACUGUGUUUGCUUAUGGGCAGACUGGCUCAGGAAAAACCUACACCAUUGGCGAGGCAAGCAUAUCUUCAAUAUCUGAGGAUGAGCAGGGAAUUAUACCACGGUCUAUGGCUGAAAUUUUUAAGCUGAUAGACGAAAAUGACCUAAUUGACUUUACCCUUCGGGUUUCAUACCUGGAAGUAUACAAAGAGGAGUUUAGAGAUCUUCUUGAAGUGCACACUACAAGCAAAAGCAUUCUAAUACGAGAAGAUGAAAAGGGAAAUGUUGUGUUGUGUGGCAUAAAGGAAUGUGAAGUCGAGGGGCUGGAUGAGGUGCUUAGCCUACUGGAAAUGGGUAAUGCCGCAAAACAUACAGGAGCCACACAUGUUAAUGUACAUUCUAGCCGUUCGCAUACGGUCUUUACGGUCACAAUGGAACAAAGAAGGUGUGUUGGUCGGGUUGCCAGAGUGGCUACUGAUGAAGAAGAGACUCUCCCUGAUAUUGGCCAAGUUUUGUCUUCCAAGUUUCACUUUGUAGACCUUGCUGGGUCUGAAAGAGUUCUAAAAACAGGAAACACUGGUGAGCGGUUAAAAGAGAGUAUUCAGAUAAACUCUGGUCUGCUGGCGCUGGGUAAUGUCAUCAGUGCUUUGGGGGACCCAAAACGAAAAACCAUGCACAUUCCCUAUAGGGAUUCGAAAAUAACAAGGAUACUGAAGGACUCCUUAGGUGGCAAUGCAAAGACUGUGAUGAUUGCAUGUGUUAGUCCAUCUGCAUCUGACUUUGAUGAAACUUUAAAUACUCUAAAUUAUGCAAGCAGAGCCCAGAACAUUAAGAACAAAGCUACUGUCAAUUGUAAAAGAGAUACAGAUUGUGUGGAGGAUUUGCAUCUUCAGAUCAAAUCUCUGCAGCGUGCCCUUGAACAGAGAUUGCGCUCAGAAACACGCAUACUAAAUCGUUCUGACCCUGCUAAGGCAGUAAACCAGCGGUCCAUGGAUAAUCCAGUGUCCCAGGUUAUAGUAGAAUGUGCACACUACAGGACAUGCACUGAUGCAGCUUAUUUACUCCUUAUGGAUCUCCUCUCUGAUAAUAACUUGGGCCCUGCUCAGGUGCUGCGGGCAAAGGAGUGGAUGUGUUCAGUAGAAGAAGAGAGAAGUGAUGUGUCAUCUGCCUCAGGUCUUGAUAGUGGGAUUGAGAGCUCCACUGCUGAGGAAAAAUUAAAGGAGCUAGGCAAAAGGCAGAUAAAGGACAAGGGUGUGCUAACCUUUGAAAAGGAAUGUGAAAUCGAGAAGGAUAAACUCAUCGAAAAACUUCAGCUCCAAAUACAACGUCUCGAAGAUGAGAACAGAGAAUUUCUGUCUGCCCUUGAAGAUGCAAUGGAACAAUAUAAACUGCAGAGUACAAAGUUGCAAGAACAACAGGAUGAAAUCAUUAAACAUCAAAAUAUCCUGGAGAGGUUAAGACCCGGUCUCUCUGCUUCAACCCUUUUGGAAGAUGUACAUGUGCUGCAGCUUGGAGGAAGGCCAAGUACAGCCCCAAUAAUUCAAAUAAGACCACAUGACUCCUUGGAACAAAAGAAAUCUUCCUCAUGGGAAUUUUCAAAGUCCAAAAAGAUUUCCAGCAGCUGCAUUUCCUCUUUAUCUAAAGAGUUUACUAAGAGUUUUCAAACUGGCACACAGAAUCUGGUGUCUAGCUUAGAAGAAGCAGAUACAGUACUGCAGAGACGGUUUAGUGAAGAUUCAAAUGAAUCAGCAGAAGAAGAUGAUAAAGAUCAAUGUAAAGGGCAGCAAGGAAAGCCUCCCAGACGUGAAAGAAUAACUAAACCAGGAUCAAAUCGUUCCCAUUAUAAGCCACAGAGCAGAAUCUCUGAGAGCGAGGGAGAGAAAUCUACAUCGACACUCCUCAAUAUAAAUUCAUCACUUUCCCAGAGUGCCCAGAAUGUACCCAGAGAAAGCCAAAUCUUAGGAAAUGAUUCAAAGUGGAGACUGCGUCAAGCUCAACAAAAGAUCCGGGAACUAGCUAUCAACAUCCGCAUGAAAGAAGAGCUCAUUAAAGAGCUUGUUAAAACCGGAAAGGAAGCUCAAGCCAUGAAUAAACAAUACUGCCUUAAGAUUUCUGAGCUAGAGAAUGAAGCUGAACAGAUCAGAGCAGAAGUCAGCGAAAGUCAAAGGCAAUUACUGGAACUGGAGGGAAAAGCGUCGCGUGAUCCAGCUGAAAAGUGCAAGUUGCAGGAAUACCGAAAAAAGAUAGCUGCUGCGGAGAGCAAAGUGCAGGUUCUGAAUGAGAAGAAGCAGGCUACAGAGAAGUUAGUGUCACUUUCUGCACAGAGUGAAAGGAGAAUCGAAGAACUGGAAAAAAACAUACAGCAAAUGAAACAGCAGCAGUGUCAGUUGCAGAGGAAACUGAAAGAGGAGACAGAACAGAAACGUCGUCUAGAGAGUGAAAUGCAGAAAAGAAGUCAUAGAGUGAAGGAACUUGAGCUCAAACACGAACAGCAGCAAAAGGUAUUAAGGAUCAAAACAGAGGAAAUAGCGGCGUUUCAAAGAAAAAGACGGAGUGGAAGUAAUGGAUCAGUUAUCAGCCUGGAGCAGCAGCAAAAAAUUGAAGAGCAGAAGAAAUGGCUAGACAGCGAGAUUGAUAAAGUGCUUGAGCAGCGCCGUUCCUUGAAUGAGCUGGAAGAAGAACUUCAUAAAAGAGAAGGCAUUUUGUUAAAAAAAGAGGCACUUCAACAGGAAAAGAAUGACUUAGAGAUCAAAAGACUUCGUUCCAGUCAGGCCUUAAGUAACGAUAUUGUCAGAGUGUCUAGCCGCAUUGAGGAUUUAGAGAAGGAGCUGUCUGAGAAGAAUGGCCAGCUUCGUCAGGGCAGCGCCCACGACCAGCAACGUAUACGAGAUGAGAUCAACAAUCUGAGACAGGAGAAGGACCUGUUGUUAAAACAGAGGGUAGACAUUGAUGACAAGCUGAGACAAGGAAACCUUCUCUCUGCAGAGGAAGAAAGAAUACUGUUCCAGCUAGAUGAAGCAAUUGAAGCCUUGGAUGCUGCAAUAGAGUACAAAAAUGAGUCCAUUACUCGUAGGCAGCGGGUUUUGAGAGCAUCUGCCAGUCUGCUGUCCCAGUGUGAAAUGAACUUGAUGGCAAAGCUCAGCUAUCUCUCCUCCUCAGAGACAAGAGCACUCCUUUGCAAGUAUUUUGACAAGGUUGUAACAUUGCGGGAGGAGGAGCACAAGCUGCAGAUUGCAUUCUCAGAAUUAGAAAUGAAGCUAGAAGAACAGCAAAGGCAGGUCUACUGGCUAGAGGUGGCUCUAGAACGGCAGAGGCUUGAGAUGGAUCGCCAGCUCACUUUGCAACAGAAGGAACACGAAAGAAACAUGCAGCUUAUCCUAAAGCAAUUUCAAGGCCAAAUGGGUGAAGGAUUGGCUGGAAGCAAGAGGCAAUAUGAAGCCAGAAUACAAAUGCUUGAAAAGGAGUUAUGUUGGUAUAUGCAGGCUCAUCAAGAACUAAGCCAAAGACUAAUUAAAGUAUCUAUUCCUAAACAGAAUGCUCCUGGACAGCAAGUAAAUGUGGCUCUAGGUGAUGGAAGAAGUCUCACCACAGCUGAAAAACAGACCACUGAAAUCCAUUCUGCCACUGUGAAUUUAAACAACCCUGUUUUUGGUACAGACAAAAACAUACAGCCGAGAGAGGACUUUUUGUAUGCACCUUUACCACCCACUUGGAGACGUUCUUCGCUUCCUACUGAAGAGCAACAUGGCCUUGAGGAACUCAGAAAUCGAGAGACUGUCUUAGAAAAUAGUAAAUUAGUGCAACCAGCAGAAGCCCUUUGCCAGAGAAAUCUUUCCUAUCUUCCUAAAUCUCGAAGAGAGCUGCGCAGAUGUAAUGUGAACACUGUCCCCGUAAUUUCUAAUUUGGAGAUGAUAGAUGUUAGAAAAAAUCCAUUGUAGAAAGGUUCGGAUAAAAAUAUUUAAUGCACUUGUUUUCCCAAGGCUACUGGAAAUCAGUAUAUUUACAUGUUCUAUUUGGAGUGCCGUUUUACAUACCUUUUAGGGUUAUAGCAGACAGGACAUUUUGUCACCUACACUUAAUUUCCUCCAGUGCGGGUGACAACAUCCAAUGUUACAUGCCUAACCAGGACAAUGAAAUUGUUGGUGGUAAAGCACAUGGUAGUACCUUGAAUUUUCCUCACAAGACAACUUUGGGCUACUACCCAAUGCAUAUGUUUAACUACUGGAAUUUUACAUGAAUCCUGUAGGCAUAUAAUGUUGGAUGUUUUGUUGCCCACUCUAGAGUUAUUAAGCACAGGUGACAACUUCACAUCUGCCAUCAGCCUCAGGGCUCUUGCCCAUGAGUUGGUUCUUUCUGUGUUCCCUUAAGGUGGAACUAAUGUGUUCCACUGCAAGGGAAUGCAGAAGUAAACGUAGCCUCUUCUUUUCAAUCACUUUGUACUCACACUGCACAGGAAAGAUUUAAACGCAGGUGGAAUGCAACUUGCUACUUUCCACCUGUCUUUGGCACUUCUGUGCGGCACUGUGAGUACUAUAUAAUUAAAAAGAAGGUGCAUUUCACCUGCAUACGGCACUGCCCUGCGGCACUGCGAGUACAAAGUGAUUGAAAAGAAGGUGCAUUUCACCAUCAUACGGCACUGCCCUGCGGCACUGUGAGUACAAAGUGAUUGAAAAGAAGGUGCAUUUCACCAUCAUACGGCACUGCCCUGCGGCACUGUGAGUACAAAGUGAUUGAAAAGAAGGUGCAUUUCACCAUCAUACGGCACUGCCCUGCGGCACUGCGAGUACAAAGUGAUUGAAAAGAAGGUGCAUUUCACCAUCAUACGGCACUGCCCUGCGGCACUGUGAGUACAAAGUGAUUGAAAAGAAGGUGCAUUUCACCUGCGUACGGAGCUGCCCUGCGGCACUGUGAGUACAAAGUGAUUGAAAAGAAGGUGCAUUUCACUUGCAUAUGGAGCUGCCCUAUGGCCCUGUGAGUACAAAGUAAAUGAAGAAAGUGCUGUGUUCAUGUGUGCUGUUGAGGUUGAACGCAUGAAUGCUCCAUCACAAGGGCACACAGGAACAACCACUCAUGUGUAAGAGCCCUAAGACAUAAAAAUGACACAAUGGGGCUUCUGUACAAAAGAUCUUCUAAUAUUUGCUAGCUAUUUCACUUAGCUGUUCCAAAAGCUGUUGAUGUUUAAUGUCAAUAGGGGGGUGACCUACAACAUGUAGAACGUUUGUUUACUAGCCCUUCACACAGGCUUAAAGGAUUAAAAACAAAUACUCAAAUGAAGUAUCAAUAUAACCAAACUAAUUUUUUAAAACAUUUUUUUUUCUUGAUGUGUUGCAAAAUAAAGUGAUACUUUUUCCUGUCACUCACAAUGUUGUGGUGCCGACUUACACUUGUGGCCACUCACCCAUUGCUUUAAUUAAAUGGCAACUUGUAUGAAUAAUAUAAACAUGAGAACCAAAGCCCAGCUUGAUUAAAUAUGUCUUGGAGUUAUUUUCAAGUUUUAAGGAGACAGUGCUCCAUUUUAAAUACAUCAGCAAAAUAAAUCUGUUAACAAAAACAUAAGUGUUAAAAUGUAUUAACCUCUGAAAUUCAUGCACCACCAAUACAUUUAACAUGGGACACCUGCAUGCAAAGGGGGGCCUGACCUCUCCAGCAUAGAUAGAUUAUAAACUGGGUUUUCCAGUAUUUUAUGCCAUUUUAUCUUGUUUGUCCCCUUUAAAUGUUAAAAUGCUUAAAAACAUAAAAUGUUUCACAAAAAGUAAAACUUUUUGUGGUUUAUGCCAAUUCUACAGUAAAAUCAGCUUCACUGUAUAUUGCGCUGAGGACAAACGUGCCCUUGUAGCUUGCCUUAUGUUUUUUAUAAUUAGGUUUUUGUGUAUGAGGGUGACCAUCCCCGCUAACAGUGCCUUUUUUGUAGUUCCAGUGUAUUUGAACCCGAAUUUCAGUACAGAGUUGUUCUGCAUGUUUAAAUUGUAGUUAACACUAAGCAUGUGUAUUUACUAUUACCAGUUUGCAUGUUACUGGGCAGGCAUUGUGCUUAAUGAUAAAUGUUAGUGUAUCUGGCAUUUAAAGGCAAUGUUUAUAGAGCAGUUUACAUGUACAGGUUGAAUUGUUACUGUGUAAAUAUUUUGGUUUUUUUUUACAUCAAAAGUAUUGCAAUUUUCUAUAUGGUUUUUAUGGAAUAAAGAUAUUUUAUUAUAGUUUUCAA